AUGCAUUCUGCUUUCAGCCUAACUAGCCGAACAGUGAACCGUGCGUGUCUGGUGCCCGUCUGCCACACAAGUGUCCUUUUUCUGUUUUUCAAUCCUAUCCGUUCCUAAUUAACCACCCAAGUGAGUGGUGUGUGUGUGUGUGCGUGUGGUGACUCAUCUCGCAUCAGGUUUUUCCCCGUAUCGGCCAGUUACGGCUGCUGUAAAGUGUGCGUUUGCUGGCAAGAACGAAGCAGGUUCUUGUCUGGUGGUGAAACCGAAUCAGUUUGUCCUACCCUGUGCAUGUGCAUCGAAUAACAGAAAGCCAACGUAGCCCAACACAUCCGUGCCCUUAUUUUUCACCUUUGUUGGAAAAUUUCGAGAAUUUCACAACAGGACGUUGUUAGCGGUCAGUUAGCCCAGCUGUCGGGCACUGACCAUAACCAUCGACACCUGCUGGUACUGACAGAUACCAACGGCAAACCGCCCUGGUGACAUUUGCCUCUGCAACGGCUUCCGUUACCAUUCUGCGCAUUCUAAAGGCUGCCUCUUUGUUUGAGUGAAGUUGAGCAUCGAUACGCGAAAGCUUUCUUACGGUGGUGACAUCCCCAAAAGCACUCACACAUUCCAAUCGUACGCGUGUAGCGUGUCUUCGUUAUCCCAAAAAAAAACAAAACAAAAACAAAAAACUAAAAGAUGAAAUUCCUCGAGAAUGAAUCGGACAAGAUUGAGAUCGUCGACGGUACGGUCGACGUGCCGGCCAUCAUUGACUCGAUGGUCGAACAGCUACCCACCGACAAUCCGUUCUACGUGAUGGACAUCGGCGAUAUCGUGCGCAAGCACCAGCAGUGGAUCGAAAAGAUGCCACGCGUGGUGCCGCACUACGCGGUAAAGUGUAAUGAUGCGGACAUCGUGUGCGCCACGCUGGCCGCACUCGGUGCAUCGUUCGACUGUGCGUCGAAGGGUGAGAUAGCGAAGGUACUUGCGCUUGGCGUCGCCCCGGAACGUAUCAUCUUUGCAAAUCCGAUGAAACCGGCAUCGCAUCUGCGCUACGCUAACAGUAACGCGGUCAAAACGAUGACCUACGAUAGCGAUACCGAGCUGCACAAGAUCAAGCAGUACUGUCCGGAUGCUAAACUUGUUAUUCGCAUCCGGUGCGAAGCGGAGAAAGCCCAAUGUCCGCUGGGGAAGAAGUUCGGAUGCGAUCCGGUAGAGGAAGCACCACGUCUCAUUAAGAUCGCCCGCAGCCUUGGACUUGAGGUGGUCGGUGUUAGCUUUCACGUUGGUUCUGGAUGUGCCGAUUUCCCGAUCUACUAUAAGGCCAUUUCGUACGCUCGUGACUUGUUCGACUAUGCCGCCCAGCUUGGCUAUACAUUCAAUCUGUUGGACAUUGGCGGAGGUUUCCCCGGUGACACCGGUACCUCCAUCGACGAGGUGGCAAUGAUUGUGAACGCAGCGCUCGAUACAUUCUUCCCGGAUAAGGCGGUUCGUGUUAUUUCCGAACCGGGCCGUUACUACGUGUCAUCCGCGUUCACGCUCGUCACCAACGUGCAGUCGAAGCGCAUUUGCCUCAACGCCAAGACGGGCGCCAUCGAUCGGAUGAUGUACUAUCUGAACGAUGGUGUGUACGCUUCGUUCAAUUGCGUUCUGUACGAUCAUCAGGUACCACGGCCAAAGCUUAUCGGAGGCCAAAGCGGCAAACUAUACAAGAGCACCAUCUGGGGUCCGACGUGCGAUGCACUCGAUCAGCUGAUCGAAACAAUCGCACUGCCCGAACUGCAGAUCGAUGAUUGGGUCGUGUUUGAGAACAUGGGCGCUUACACCAUUCCCGUCGCCAGUCCGUUUAAUGGCUUUGAGCUACCGAAAAUCUACUGCUACAUCAGCAAAAGUCAUUGGGAAAUGCUCGAGACACUGUUUCCACAGCAAAACGAAUGCUCAAGCUGCACCGAUUGCUUGCCGAACAGCUACGAAACUGUUGCCUGUGCUUGAGGCUGCCGGACCUGCAGCUCACGUACCACGGCCUUGCUGAUCCCGACGCCAAUCGCAUAUUCCAUCGGUCAUCGGACCCGCUUUUAUUAUUUGAUGAUAUCCAACGGAAAGUCUACAAAUUUAACAUUUCAAACGCUAUUUACAACGUUGCCUUUCCUUCCAUUAUUACUUCAAAGACAUACUUCAAUAAACGAAGAGGCAGCCUUUUUUAUACAGCCUAGCAAAACGGAAACCAACAAG